UGUAAUAUUAAAAUAUAUGAACAAGACAGGCAGUUUCUUGGGAAGGAUCUGGCAGAUCUAUAUUCACAUUCAUCGAACUGAGAGACAAUGCCAUUAAAUCUGACAUAAAAAUCAUGAUUCUAUUAAAGCUAGGCUUGAACCAACGGAAAACCAAAGGUGCAUCUAUCGAAAUAUCAUGACGGCAUGUAUUUAAAAAUCUGUUUUAUUUUUUAGAAAAAUGUUGAUACUGUUAUUGUACCGUAGGCCGAGGUGCCUAAAUCUAAUGCAUCUGACACCGGAUGAAUUAAAACUAUAAUUCUAGGUUUUGUAUAUUAAAACACCAAAUCAUGAAAUGAUAAAUAUUUUUCAUUAAACAUUUCAGAUUGACAACGGCCUUACUGUAGGAACAGCAGUAUCAACAUUUGGAAUAAAAUGGGUCAAAUUCAUUUGUGCGGAGAAAGAAAAAUCGAGCCAACAAAGUCUGAUACAGUGUCUGUAAACAGCAAGUGAGGAGGCAACUUCUGUAGCAGUUAACGCCUUUCAGUUAAUGAUGGCAGGGGGAAAAGUGUAUCCGCAAAAGAAACGUAACAGCUCAGCAGUAAAGGAUGGGAAGAACCGGAAGGAUGAGCUAUAUAAUGACUUGGUAGACUGGUGUAUGAAGGACGGCUUGAGCUUUUCCAAGGACAGCUCUGAGCAGGCAACAUAUUUUGUGCAAAUUGGAACUGGAAGGUUCUGUGUAAUGCACAGUGGUACAUCACCAACCACCAGUCGACGAUUGAUGACGCUGCAAGGUCAAGGAAGGAGGUCAAACCAGUUCCAGAACCAUUCAAUCAGUAUACCGGAUAUAAUGACAUUAAAAGAAAAAGACUGAAAUCAUUACCAUUAAAACGUGAAUUGUUACAAUCACAUGCUCAGGCAUUGUAUAGUCUAUUGUUUAAACCAUAUUCAAAUAGUACUAAGAAUUGGGUAUAAGCCUCUGCUUCAAUUAAAGAGUUAGCGUCUUGUCUUUCAUUGUAUAGUGAGUAUUUAGUCAAACAGGGUGAAAUGUCAGCUUUAAACCAAGGUUUAGAAUUUCCAGUUAAAACAGUAGAUAAACAUGCUGGGGUGUAUCACUGCAUAAAGAGUCCAAAUUGAAAGAAAAUUAUUUUCUGUUAGAUACAGCUGUACUUGCAGCAGGGAAUAAACCUGUUGUUUUUAAUGAAGAUUUGCAUUUGAAGAAAAUGUUUGAAAACAACAGAGGGAAAGAUUCUUCACUGAAAUACAGUUAUCAGUUCCAAUUGACAUCAUAAAGUAUUGUCCUGGUGGUUCAAUUGUCACAACAUUUAUAAUUACUCAAGUGUCUGAAAAUAGAACUGUUCCACAAAUGCUGACUGAUAGUGCUAGACUUGUUCAGCAAAUGAGACCACACUUGAGCCUAAAGGAGGAUUUUUAAGUAGAAGAUAGCAAAUGUUGCUGAGGUUCAACCAGCUCUUUUAGAUUUCAUUUAUUCCGAACUUACUGUUGAUGCGGCUGCUAUGGCUUACCCAGAAAUGAUGCAAAGACUUAGAAUAAUUUCUCUAGGAGAAAGUGACCUGCUAGCUGACCUCCGACAUUUGAACCCAGGUAGACCAAGUGGAAAAUACGACGCUUUCUUUGGGAAGCUAUGUGAACUCGCAGAAGGAAUAUCGGCUGCCGAUGAACGCCGCCAUGGACCUGGAGUUGCGCAUCUCUUGGAGUGGAUAUCCUUAUCCGACAUGAUAGAAAAAGCUGCAAAUGAAUGUCCCGAAGGCAGCCUAUCCCAUCCAAAAGUCUUGUUCGACUGCAGUUUGUACCAUGUAACCCAUACAGUCGGGCAGCUUUAUCAUUCACAUCCAAGGUUCCAGUACAGUACAAAAUACAAAGACGUCAACUAAGAAAAUCCCACCCAGAUGACCACUAUUGUGCGGCAUUGUUUAAAUACUUAAAGUACAAAGCACUAGAAGUGAAAAAUGAAGCAGUCUUUGUUUGUAGUGAUGAUAAAGCUAAGGUACCAAUUGAGGACCCUGGAAGACCUAUUUCAACUGGUGUGAGGGGGCGACAAAGUAUUGUUCCACUGUCUGAAAACCUUUCUGCCUUAGAUCAUGAUAUGAAUACUACAUCCAUCACUCCUAGUGUUGUUCUUCUGUGUAAAAUCCCUGAUUCCAUCGGUGACUCGUUUGUUCGAGGUACAGUAACAACCUUUGUCAACGACAGUAUUCUUGAAGCAUCAUCCCCUUUCCGGCAUGCAGCUCAGUUACAGCGGAUUUUAGAAGAUGUCGAUGAAAAGCCAAGCAUCAUUCUCAAGUAUACUGAUGGCGGGACUGAUCAGAGGAACACUCUAGAGUCUGUAAAGUGCGCAAAUAUAUGUUUGUUUAGAGAGUUUGACUUGGAUAUGUUGAUUGCAGUCCGCUGUGCUCCGGGCCAAAGCUAUGUAAACCCUGCCGAAAGAGUAAUGUCAGUUCUAAAUUUUGGACUCCAGAAUGUAGCGACUGAAAGACAACAAAUGGAUGAAGAAUUUGAGAAAGCUGUACACACGGGUACUAAACAGUGCCUGCGGCACUGCCUGUGCCGACGAGGAUUGAAGGCACUUCGCUUCCUGUACCGCAGGUACUUCGUCAAUGUUUACAAAACGAGCGAGAUCGGUGAGUGAUUUUUGUCAUUUUUAUCAUUUUGUAACUGCAUGAA